AUGUCUUCUUUGGCCCUGCUUCUUUCCCUCAGCGCCCUGGCGGCGUCCAACCCGCUCCCCGCCAAGCUGGCCGACCGAGAUAGCUGCACGUUCACCGAUGCUGCAUCUGCCAUCAAAGGCAAGACGAGCUGCAGCACCAUCACGCUAAGCGGAAUUACCGUCCCCGCUGGCACUACGCUGGACCUGACUGGUCUUAAGGACGGCACUCACGUCACCUUCUCUGGAACAACCACGUUCGGCUACAAGGAGUGGUCCGGGCCUCUCAUCUCCGUGUCAGGCAACAACAUUCUCGUUGAUGGCGCGCCUGGCCACAUCAUUGACGGCAAUGGAGCAGCGUGGUGGGAUGGCGAGGGCAGCAACGGCGGCAAGACUAAGCCCAAGUUCUUUUUUGCCCACAGCAUGACGAACUCCAACAUCAAGGGUCUCAGCGUCAAAAACACGCCGGUUCAGGCCUUCAGCAUUAACGGCGCCACCAAUCUUGGCUUGUACGAUAUCCACAUCGACAACUCUGCGGGAGACAGCCAGGGGGGCCACAACACCGAUGCGUUCGAUGUCGGUUCUUCAACCGGUGUCUACAUCUCUGGCGCCAUCGUGAAGAACCAGGACGACUGUCUUGCCAUCAAUUCGGGGACCAACAUUACCUUCACUGGAGGGCAGUGCAGUGGCGGGCACGGCCUUUCCGUUGGCUCAGUCGGCGGCCGGUCGGACAAUACUGUUAAGACGGUGCGCAUUCUCAACUCGUCCGUUAGCAACUCGGAGAACGGUGUGCGUAUCAAGACGGUCUACGGCGCAACGGGCUCGGUUUCGGAUGUUACGUACUCGGGAAUCACCCUUUCGGGCAUCACCAAGUACGGUAUCGUGAUUGAGCAGGACUACGAAAACGGCUCGCCAACCGGAACUCCGACCGGCGGUGUUCCUAUCACAGAUUUGACUCUGUCCAGUGUGACCGGGACGGUUUCAUCAAGCGCAACCAACAUCUACAUUCUCUGCGCCGAGGGCGCAUGCUCAGACUGGACCUGGUCCAAUGUCAGCGUCAAGGGCGGCAAGACGUCUACGAAGUGCUCUAAUGUCCCGAGCCCGGCCACAUGCUAA